AUGUCUGUGAAUACCAAAGCAGUUCACCCUGGAACCUUAAAACUCAUCGAAGAUUUCGUCAUCGAGAAAGAGAGAUUGAAAUUCCUGAACCGGUUCGUUCAAUUUGCAAAACUUGUGGGAAAACAUUUCACAACAGCUCGAACUUACGAAGACAUCAGCGCAUUCAUACUGGAGAAAAGCCUUACAAGUGCGAAUUAUGCGAUUUCCAAAGCAGACAUUCUUGGCACGUCAGAAAGCAUCAGAAAGCUCGACACAAAAAAGCCUUAG